CUUCCCUCCCUUGUUAGAUGAGAACCCUAAAUCUUCCUCUCUUUAACCCUAGCCAAGAAGAGCAAGACGACCAAGAGGAUUGGCGCGCGCCUGGACGAAAUGAUUAGAUUCAUCCUCUUGCAAAAUCGCCAGGGGAAGACUCGUCUCGCCAAGUACUAUGUCCCGCUCGAAGACUCCGAGAAGCAAAAGCUCCAGUAUGAGGUGCACAGGCUCGUUGUCAAUCGCGAUCCAAAGUUCACGAAUUUCGUAGAGUUUCGCACACACAAGGUGAUCUAUCGACGCUACGCCGGGCUCUUCUUCUCAAUGUGUGUGGAUAUCACGGAUAACGAGCUGGCCUACCUCGAGAGCAUCCACCUCUUUGUGGAGAUCCUAGACCAUUUCUUCAGCAACGUUUGCGAGCUAGAUCUGGUUUUCAACUUCCACAAGGUUUACUUGAUCCUCGACGAGUUCAUUCUUGCUGGCGAGUUACAAGAAACCAGCAAAAAGGCAAUAAUCGAGCGGAUGGCAGAACUAGAGCGGCAGGAGUGACCAUCAUCUCAAAAGACAAUAGGCAGCCUCCGGGCUCGCACAAAGGCAUCGAGUUUAUCCCAAAACUCGAGAACUGCCGUGCGGUCCUGGUGCCUCUUGUGCUUGCUCAGCUGUUUAGCAAACAAAGAAGAGUAAGAAGGCAUUCGUUUUUCUCGCGAUUC